ACAGAGUUAUUGACUCUCAGUUCAUCAGCUGAUACAAGUCAUGCUUUCAUUAGCUGCUGGGAAGAAUCUUAUUACAUUGUAUUAAUUUCUUCCUUUUCAAGGAAAUGGCAAUAAUCUGAAGAUCUCAAAUUAUAUGUAUAAUAAUUUGUUGAGCUUCUAAUUCCAAUCACCAAAAAACCACAGUCCCUGUAAUCACAUAGGGAUAUGGAACACCAAGCUAUUACUAUUGAUGAACAUGUUGAGGAAGGAGAGAAUUUGAGUAACUUGAAAAGGAAAGGGAAAUCCUUAACAAGUGAUGCAAGUUCAAGCCUAACUAAUGAAGAGGAGCAAAAUCAGCAAGUCCAAGAAAUUCAAGCAUUGUCAAACCUAAAUCAAGAACAUGACUAUCAAAUUCCUGCACCACCUGAAAUUCAAAUCCAAAGCCAAGAGGAACUUGAACUAGAAGAAUCAGCUUUAAAGAAUUCUUUAUUUCUUAUGGAGCGUCGUCUUCGGGAAAGGCGUCAACUAGUGAAACAAGGAAAUGGUAUGACUUCAUCUAUCUUCAGGCUUCCUUCGAGUCUUGUUGAAAUCAAUCCACAUGCUUCAAAGCCUGAGCUUGUAUCAAUAGGACCUUAUCAUAGAGGUAAAGAUCAUUUACUUGAGUUCGAAGAGCAUAAAUGGCACUUCCUUGAAAAGUUCCUUUCUCGAUCGAGUCUUUUCGGAAAGGGCUUACGCCACUAUUUUAGCAGAUUAAAGAAAGAGGAAGGGAAUGUCAGAGACUGCUACUCAGAAAUUAUUCCAAUGUCAAGUCAUGACUUCAUUGAAAUGAUAUUGCUUGAUGGUUGCUUCAUUCUUGAACUUUUACGCCAUCUCAACCAUGGCGUAGACACAAUCGAGGAAGAUGAUCCAAUCUUCACAAGACCCUGGUUGAUCCCAGUUCUCGUCAGGGAUCUCCUGAAGCUUGAGAAUCAGCUUCCUUAUUUUGUUCUAGACUUGCUAUAUCAAUUAUCUGGUAGUGGUAGUGACUUAAAAGAAGAAAUACGUCCCUUACCUAUUCUUGCCUUGAGAGCCUUUGAUCUAGCCUUUCCAAGACCCAUGGAAAAUUUCAACAGAUUCUUGCUCUACAAAGGUGAGCAUUUACUUCACCUACUUUAUUCAAGUCUUGUUACUUCAAACUCGGUAACCCAUUGUACUGAUUUUGAGGAAUAUUUCCCAUCAGAUCAGUCAAUACAAUGUGUCACACAACUUAGACAAUCAGGAAUAAAGUUUAAGUCCAGAAAAGGAGGAGACAGUUUCUUGGAUAUAAAUUUCCAAAAUAGAGUGCUACAAAUUCCAUCUAUUACCAUCAAUGACUUCACAAGUACACUUCUCAUAAACUGUGUAGCUUUAGAAAAAUGCCAAGAUAAGAGAUUGAAUUACUUCACAGAUUAUGUAUCUUUCAUGAGUUGUCUCAUCAGCAAACCAAGAGAUGUAGCAUUCCUUUGCUACGACGGAAUCAUCAAUAGGUUUUCAAAAGAUGACAAAUACGUUGCUGAUCUUUUCACUAAUCUUGGACAGAAUGCUGAUUUCAAUGUUAGAGAUUGUUAUCUUUCUAAGCAAUUCAAAGAAGUUGAGUCUUACUACAGCAGCAAUUGGGCAACUGUGAGACGAACUUACUUUAGCAGUCCAUGGUCAUUUAUCUCAUUGUCCUCUGCCAUCAUCCUCCUAGUUCUUACAAUGAUUCAGAGUGUAAUGUCUGUCUUAAGUUACAAGUGGUCGUUAGUAUAAGAUAAUCUUAGGUAUGCUGCAAGGUCUCGUUUAGAAUUAAUGUUGUAAUCGAUUAUCUGUUGAAAAACCACCUCCCAGCCCCCAGGGAUGGUAUUGUUUUCAAGUUAUCAUUUUCUUGCCUAGCAAAGUUCCUGACAAUUGUUCUACUGUAAUAUCUCCUACACUUUUAUUCUUUGUUAUCAUAACAUUGCUAAUUUUAAGGUGGAUUAUAAUGGCAUGUGAAGGAAGCUGAUGUCAGAGGGACCAAUAAGUGAACUCAGUUUUUACUCUGCUGAAGUUGUUCUCAAAAUAACCAAAAGGAACCAAGUAUCAUGUUGCUUAAAGAAAGGAGUCCUAGAGUUAACUCACCGAUCUCUGCAAAUGGCUAAAACAAGAUUAUGGGUGUGGCUAUUAUUCAAAAACUUCCUUCCCUCCAGCAAUAACAGAUUCUUAUUAAAAAGGUGAAAAUUCUCUUUGGAGAAGGUCUUUUUUUAUUUUUUUUUUUCUGAGAGGUUUGGUGGUAGAAAGAUGCUAAAAUCUGCGAAAUUUAGCUUUGUUUUGCAAUCCUAUGGAACUUUGGGAUGGAGGGGAACAAGCAAUUUUGCAGAAACUACUUCUGUCCUCUAAUUUGCUGUGGGAUAAGAUGGUUUUUAUGUCUUCUUUGUGAGCGUCUGCUUUAGAAGCUUGUACUGGAGUUCCUGCAAUUGUAGUUCAGCUAGGUUAGGAUGACAUCUCAAAAAAUAGCUAUUCUAUCUAGACUACUAUCCUUGAACUUUGGAGGAAAAAGAAAAUGAAAAGAUAACAACUCAACUAGCUUUGAUACAAGUAAGAUUAGUUCAUAUUUUUAUUUAAUGUUUUUUGGUCAAUUUUUAAUUGUAUUAUUAUUGUACCCAAUUUCCAAGUUAGUAACUUAUAAGUUUUACUCUA